AUGAAGAACCAGCGCGUCUCUACGAAAUUCUUUAGGAAUUUUUUUGCUGAUAUAUUUUCUACUUAUCAGGUACUGGACAGAAUAAAAUGGUCACUGCUUCCUGGGAAGAAUUUUAUAUGGCACAACUUGCAGAACACGCCUAACCCAUAUAGUCCCUUCUCAAUACGUGCUACCUUGGUCUUCACACUGGCUAUCAGUGAAAAUUCCAACUGCCUAGAGCAAAUGAAUAGCCCCUCCUUCCACUACAGACCCCAAUACCAAAAAGUCACUAUUGCAGUAAUAGCUAUCUACUGCUCUACCUGGCUGGUGCCUGUUGCCCUGUGGGGUUAUCUGCAGUAGCGGAAGGGCCCCCACUUCAACGUAGACUCCCACACCUUCCUGGAGAUAGUGUGCAUCUAUGUCUACUAAAUGUUUUUGUACUUCCCAACUGCAAUCCUGUGGAUGAUUCCAAUAUAAUGGCUCUAGUGACUGCUGAUUGUACUUGCCAUGGGUAUAUCUGGUUCAGUUCUGGUCCUUACCUUCUGACCAGUUGUCUGUCCAGACUCCAAGGCAGCUGCUUGUGCCAUAAUGGCUGUGAUUAUUACACUCCACAUCCUUUUGGCAAUUGCCUGCAAGUUGCAUUUCUUCCAGAAAUCAAACACUGCUGCUCCUACUGUUGCCCCCACAUAA